AUGGAGGACAAUAAUGAUAGGAAGAAGAUUAUAAGAACAGCACAAGUGCGGAAUUUUCAUGCGGAGGUUUCCACAAACAGAUCUUCUUCAAGAGAUUUGUUGCAGAGAUUUGUGGGUAGUAGCAGUGAAUGCGAAGAAAUGAAGGAAGAAGAGGAGAUCGAAUUGAAUCUUGGGUUGUCACUGGGGGGAAGAUUUGGUGUCGACAAGGGUUUCAAGAAGUUGACGAGAUCUUCUUCUAUAGCAGAGUGUUUACCGGUGGUGAGAGAUGACAAUGAUGUGGUGGCGCAUUCGGGGCUGGUGAGGACCUCUUCAUUGCCUACGGAGACUGAGGAGGAGUGGAAGAAGAGGAAGGAGUUGCAGAUGUUGAGAAGAAUGGAGGCUAAGAGGAGGAGGUCAGAGAAGCAGAAGAAUGUUAAGGGUGAUAAAGAAGGCGGAGGCGGAUAUGGUGCCGCCGCCGCCGGAAGUUUGAGUUUGGAGGAGAAAAGGGAAAUUGAGGUGAAUUUGAGGGAGAGAUUGGAUAAAGAGAAGUUUUUGGCUGCAUCGAAGAGGUUAGAUUCGUUGAUAGCACAGCCAUUUCGGUUUUCUACUACAGCCGCUAGUCGGGCAGAUUUUCGCGCUGGGGUUGAAGAGUGUGGCCAGUUAGCGUCGCAAGGAUCAGUGGGGUCGAAAGUUGGGAGUUCUUCAACUUUGUCCGAAUUGGAUAGGAAAACUCUACAAGGAUCCAGCAGCGGUGCCGAGCUUAGCCCCGCCAGCAUCCAGUCUAUGCAAGAAGGAAGCAAUCAGAAUGUUGGCUCGUUCGGAACAAAGACGAGAGAAAAUCCCAGCAGAAAGACUAGAUCCGAUAUGGAGAGUCCAUCCAAAAGAUCGGAUAUUUUGAGAAAUCGAGGAAAGGAAAGUGGAAUGAACAUGAUGCAAGAUAUGCCUGGCGUUUUUACAAAAGGAGAUGGACCUAAUGGUAGAAGAGUGGAUGGAAUACUGUACAAAUACGGAAAAGGAGAAGAAGUGAGGAUAAUGUGCAUAUGUCACGGAAGUUUCCUCUCACCAGCUGAGUUUGUCAAGCAUGCAGGAGGCAGUGAUGUUGACCAGCCGCUCAAACAUAUAGUCGUGAACCCCAACUCUUCUUCCCUAUUGUAA